AUGACUGAAGAAAGUGCAUCUGUCUUUCAUGUACCCUCCAAAGCAACCGGCUACCGAAUGAUCAGUCGAUUCUUUCAGAUAGCCGACCUUGGCAACCCAUUUUUCAUCAGUCCGUCGGAUGAAGUCAUCUUGCAAGUUGUCUUUGAACCACACAGGGUUCAGGAAAAGGCUUGGGUCGUCUAUUUCAACUACAUGCUGUUGGCAGCCGUGCCUGUCGAGGAGGAUAGCAAGAACGCAGCAGUGUUACGUCGAAACGUGCACUUGGCCCUCAACAACAGCAGUAUCUUCCUUGAGCCGCGCGAAAUCAACGUGCAAGUACUAGCCUUUCUAGCUAUGCAUGGGGAGGACUACGCCGCGCCCAAUACCUCGUGGAUGUUGCUUGGCAGCGCAUGCAGGCAGGCGGAAGCGCUCGGCAUGCAUAUAUCUGGUCCUCAAGGCUCGUCUGAAUCGCGACAGCAUCAACUGUGUCUCUUCUGGCUUCUCUUUAUGAUGGACAAAUCCUGCUCUCUUGCCUUCGGCCGCCCUGCGUUCUUGCCCACGGCUUUGUACCACCAUGUUCCUCUGCCGGACGACAGUACCCUACUCCUGUACCAGCCACAUACCCGUAUGCACGGUGCAGAGAUCCACCCAAGAGUAUCUCACUUCGGUGCACAGAUGCUCCGUUGUUCUAUCGAGCUAGCAAAGCUGAUGGGGAUCCUUGCGGAUGUCCUUACUACCGGUCACUCCGCAGUCUAUUCACGCAUGGAACUACGAUCCAAGCUAAAUGCUUGGUACUCGUACUCUAACCAGCGUAUGACAGAGAUUCUGGAAGUUGAGAGAGCCUCAUCCACAGCAGACCAAGUCCGGGAGAUGGCCCUCGGCAUCAACAGCAUGAAGUUCCAGUACCUGCACGUGCUGAUCCUGCUGCUAAAAGGCGAGGAGUCUUCGUCAAGUCUGCGUCUAUCGUCCGCCCGCGAAGCCCUAUCCCUUCUGACGUCAAUGGUGUCCAAUUGGAACUCCGUAUACAACGGCAUUAUCUGGCAUCUUCUUUACUACCCUUUCACUUCUUUCUUCGUUAUCUUUGAGAACAUCGUGCACCAUCCAGGCCCUAAGACACCUACCGUUGAACACGAUCUCAACCUUCUCGCGACAACGGUGACGUAUUUCGCAAGCAUGCGCUCGCAGAUGCGUCUCCUAGCGACGCUGUGUACCAGGCUCGAGCAUGUUGCGGCUACCUUCUUGCAGCUGGCGAGGAAUGUUCACUCCGCUUCCAGUGGAAAUGAAAAUCCGCCGUGUGAAUGGCACGACCACGAGCGCACCCGCGUAGAGGUAGAAGAACUCAAUGGUUCCAGCUACCUUGGCUUACUUCCGGCUGAUAUGGGAGCCUGGCCUGGACAUAAUCCUUUAGGUAAGGGUAAAGAGGCUCGACGGACGUUUGAUAGCAUGUUUGACUGGUUCUCGUGGGAUAUGUAUUAUGGAGAUCUCCAGGGGUAG